AAAAAAGAAAAAAAAAAAAAAAAACGCGUUUCCUCCUCCUCGCUCUCUCCGCUCCGGGGAUCUGAGGAGUCAGGGCGCCUCGAAGCCCACAUUCUGUUCUCUUCUUGCUUCCACGUGGCGGGGCAUCGCGAUGGCGACGCAUUUCCCGGCGUGAAAGCAAAGGGAAAAAGAAUCGGAGAAGCAGCGCGCAGGAAGUUUCUCUCCUUUCCGGCUUCUCCAGCAGCCGCCAUGACGACCGGGACCCCCUACAGCAGCCGCCUCGUCGUGGACAACUACAUCUGCCAGAAGCUGCGCCGGAGGGGCGUGGCGCGCGAGCUCCACCCACACCUGUCCAACGGGGACACGCCCACCCCUAGAAAUGGCUUCCCGCCAGGGACCCCCGGGGCGGCGGAGGCGCACGCGGCGCUGCGCAGGGUGCUGCGCGAGGCCGGGGACCUCAUGGAGCGCCGCUACCUGCACGAAUUCGCGCACCUGUCAUCGCAGGUGAACCUGAGCCCGCGGGGGGCGCGCGGCACCUUCUCCGCCGUCGUCGAGGAGCUCUUCAGGGACGACGUCAACUGGGGGCGCAUCGUGGCCUUCCUCGAGUUCGGCGGGGCGCUCUGCGUGGAGUGCGUGAACCGGGACGCGCCGCAGCAGGUGGAGUGCAUCGCGAGCUGGAUGACGGAAUACCUGAACGGCCCCCUGCAGAGCUGGAUCCAGGAGAACGGCGGAUGGGAGGCCUUUGUGGAGCUGUACGAUGGUCGGACUGGCUCCGGGUCCAACGGUUCUUGGUCCAACCUGAGGGCGGUCUUCAGCUUGGCGGGCUUGGCUGCGUUGGGGGCUGUCGGUGUCACGGUCGGGGCCUAUUUCGCCCAGAAAUGAGACCGAACACCGGUGGCGACCUCUCCCGAGCACAGCCGUCCCACAGCUCUGAUGGACACCAGUGAAUCGGGGACACUGAUGCCUGCGGUGCCACUGGUUUUAAUGGAUAGUGUGAAACUGUGAAGUGUGUGUGUGUCCUUUUAAUCGAGCACACGUCACUGCUCUUAUUGGCUCAUUAAACAUCUGGCCUCUGAUUGGCUGGACAGGAAGGCCCACCCACCCUGCUCAGGUACAAAGGGCUGCACUUGGCCAUAAUAUCAUACCGAGAGCCUCACUUCCUGUCAUCUAAAUAAGGAGCUACAUUUUUGUACUUUUUUUUCUACAGCUCAAAUCCUUUUUUUUAUAGAUUUUGUUUUAUGAAACAAAAGCAUAACUGGAUUUUUUUGGACUGCUGUACAUAGCAUGUUGGGAAGGGAACUGGUGGCACAGCACUGUGGGGGAGGAGAUAUGGGGAGUUACCCACCAAUGUCCUUCAGGUGGGGAUGCCCUCAUUCCUGGAGCAUGCACAAAGAGGUCUUUCAAAGCUGGCCCUGUCUUCAAAGGAUCAUGGGAGAGGGAACCAGGUGUGCCUCCACCUGUCUGCAGGUGAGGAUGUGCAAUGUGUGGGGGUCUGGAUCUGUUCCAGAGAGCAGGCAGACACUCAAAGGCUAAAUGGAUAGGGGAGUUGCACCCACAUCCUACGGGUGCCCUGCCUGCCCCAUCUGUUCUCCUCCUCAUUCCCAUAAACGCUUUCUUCACAAUCUUGGGGUGGAGCCUCCGGGUGCAGCUAGGUGUUCAUCACCAGGCUGGAAUGUGUCCCUGAAAGGGGUCAUCCCAUGAACUCUCAGCCACGGGCAGCACCAUCCCAGAAUGCUGUGCUGUUCAUUGUACAUAGAGGGGUGCCUUGCUGGGAGAUGUUUCUGGAACCUUCCCGUCUGCCAAGUAUAGCUUCGGAAAACUAGACAACGUGUCGGACGCGGUUGGAUGUUUAAUUCUUGACGUGAGACAGGAGCCUCCACGUGGCACUCUGACACACUGUUCCACUCCUCUGUACAAACCCCCCCCAUUAGUGUUGGCACUGCACCUGAGGACAUCCAGCAGAGACCUUAACCCUAAUUUUAUUCACUAACAGUUGUGUAUUUUAUUCUUAUUCCUUCAGUUCCGUACUUAAGUUGGAUGUGUAGAAGCUGUGACUUUCAGCUCCUGUUCAUGCAUUAACAUGUACAAUAAAGAGACCUGUCCUUGAAGCAUUGGCUGGUUGUUGGGUUCUGACCUCAAGUGAUGUUUGAAUUGACUGUAGAUAUUAGAAUGAACUAAAGUGAGCUGGAUCUAAAUAUCA